AUUUUUAUUCUUAAGAUUCCGUGAGGAGAAAUAUAUUCAAGACUCUAAGUUUAUAGAUCUAGUUGUACAGCCAUAGACAUAUGUACAGCAUUCUCAACAUUUCUCAGGCAACUUUUUGCUAAUACACCGUUAUAUUAUUGUUGACAACGGCAAAAGCAUCAAUAAUGGCGGCUCACGUUGUAUUUUCUUUCCUUUUUUAGCCAUGGGGAAAGAAGAAAGAGACAAAUGACGUUCUUUUGUUCACCAAAUGAAAAUUACCGGAUUUGCUCAUAAAGUCUUUCAAAGUUUUCUUCAAUGUUGUGAUUAAACAUCAAUUGUAUAAAACAAACAUCUACAUAAGCUCUCCAGUGAUGGAAAGAAACACUAACAAUUAUAAGACAAUGAAGAUACCAAGUGAACUAAGUGAUACAGAUGAAAAUCAUGCUCAAUAUGAAGGCAAGAAUAAUGAAAUUGAAGAACGUAGAGCUUCAUCAAAUGCGGAUUUUCCCAUCAAUGCUGUAAAUAGUCAGAUAAAGCACACAAAAAGGGAUGUAGAAGUUUCAAGAUCACUCAUUGAUUCAGAUGAUGAUCAGGUAAAUGAAAGUCAUGGGGAUGAAAGUAUUGUUUCAGAAUUAUCUGAUCCACAAGACCAGGAGGUCAUACAAAUACAAAAACCUUCUGAUGAUUUACAAACAUUCAAAGAAGCUGAGUCGUCAAGUGAUGAGGAUGAAACAAAUGACCAAAUUCAGCAAGUCAGUGUUGAACCUAGGACUGUCAAUGAAACCAUUACAGAACUAGUUUCUGAUGAGGCUCAAUCCAUGCUAAAUGAGACAAUUAAAAGUGACGAGGAAUAUACGAAUUAUUAUGCACACAACUUACGGCCAUUGACUAGCAGUACAGUCCAGGAUCUGCCAGGAGGAUUGAGAGCAAAACCAAACACACCAGCAAGCCAAAAUAUUUUUAUCAAACAAGACUUUAGAAGUGGAUUGUCUAGCCAAGCGUCGGACAGAUUAACUCAAAGUAUGAGUACCGUGAGGUCCUCCCAGUCAUCAGGGGCGUAUAACUGGGAGGAAGACAUCUUUACCAGCCACGAGCUUCGUUUUGGAGUUCAGACACCUCAUUAUUUUUACGUCAAUCAGAACAAACCAUCACCAAUGCCGCCAUUACCGGUUUGGCGAGGUUACAGAGGUAAUGUCUACUUUGAGCCAAUCUCCAUCACCAAGUUGAACUAUACACCACCACAGUCUGCCAAGGAAGAGAGGAGCCCCCAGCCGUCCAGCAAGCCCUAUCGUCUGAUUCACUCUUCCAAUCAAGUGUACAUCCUUGACAAGCAAGCCGUGUUUAGCUCCAUUAACAGCCGCAGCCGUGAUGAGUUUAAGUUCAUAGAGGGCGUACGGUCCACGGGGAGUCUGGCAGUUCGACCUGCCAGCGCCCUUCCACAGCCUCGUAAUUCCAGAGCUUCUAGCAGCAGAUCUGUGUCCAAUGUUAAACAGAAGAUUCGCAAGGGGAGUAACUAUCACUCCAGCAAGCCUUCAACAAACAGAGUUGGUGCCCAUAGCGCGCCGUUACAAAGUAAACAGUUUUAUUUGGGAUCAUCAAAGUCCAAUAACUCUGCUACAACUUUGUCUAACACUGCAGACCCAAAACUUGUUGUGAAUGGAGGCAAAUUAACUUCCAGAACCUAUGUCUACCCCACUGCCAGAAGUCCUACAGUUCUCUCUUUCAGUACACAGAAAGCUAGGGUAAAUACCCCAGACCUAGGUGGAGGAUUUGAAAAACUUCCAACACUAGAGAGAGUAUCGUCUGUUGACCUUGACAUACAGGAAGAAGAUAACUCAUUCAGAAGUGAGAUUCAAUCUAGGGCUUCAAACUAUUCGGAAGAAAAUCGUCAAACACCAACACAUUACACCCCAAAAGUGAACGUUCGCCAUUUAAGUUUAAAAUAAUCUUUUUUUUUUGUUUGUUAGUUUCAUUUGUUAUUAAAACAAUUUUUGUGUGGACUAGAUUUACUAUUUAUACAACUAGCAAAAUAUCGUUUUUUAUAAUGUUCAUGUUUACAUGAUAAAAUGUUGAUUAAUAUUGUUUACCUUAUCUGAUGUUUGUAUUAAUUGUUUGCAUUUAAUUAAAAGAGACAUUUUAUUAGAUGUGUUCUAUCUGUUGUUGUAUUGUUUCAGGAAUACAUUUCAGAAGAAUUGGUCACACAUUUAUCUGAUACUUGUAUAUUUUUUAAAUUAUUUUUUACAUAUUGUUAUCAUGCAAAUAAACAGUUUAGAUCAACUUUUAUUUAGCAAGUAUUUUGAAAAAAAAAAGGAACAUUUUGUGUUCUAUAAUCGUAUAUUACUGUUACCCUUUUCAGACCUUGCAAUUAGUAAGGUCAAUGAUGUACAGGUCAUCUGUUUCUAUGUUAACAGCUAAUGUCAAGCACCCAUUACAGUUGGUUUGACUUAUGGGUGUCGUAAAAAUCCGCAAAUUCAUUGCCAAAGUCUUUAAUGAUAUUCCAAGCCAUGACUCCUCGGAUCAGGAGAUUACCACUUUACAACUCAGUCCCAAAACGAGUUUUUUAAAAUAUGGAAGAAUUCAAUUAAAAGAGAUUUAGGUGUAUCUAAAACUGCAUUAAAAAACACAAAUUGCUUUUUUGUUCUACUAAGUAAUUAUUAAGUUUAUAUUGAAGUUGCGUAGCUAGGGUAUUUGAUGCCCUGUGCGGCAGUUCCUCAUGAUUCCCUCCAAAAAAAAACAAAGUCUUAAAUAAACGAAAAUGUUCUAAUUUCAAAAUAAAGUGUAUUCGUUAUUUAAGCAUCACUAUUUCUCAAAGAAUUAAUUUUACAAAAAAUAUAAAACAGGUGAAUCUUACGUACUUUCUCGCCAGCAAACUAUCCCAUAAUUUUAUCCAAAUCAUUUUUUCCACUAGGUCUAGUUCCUAAGACAAAAUUGUUAUAAAUUCAUCAUUGUUGAUUGUAAGUAUUUCUUCAUCAAAGUAAGUCUGGAAAAACUUCACUUGCAUGUAGCCAUAUUAGAAUCACGAUGGCAAUAUUCGGGGACUGACAUUUUUUAAAAAUAUAAAACUCCAAAGCUCAAUAGAUUCUUGUUUUAAAAGCUCGAAGACUUCUGGAGAAACUCAGACAAUUACUUGGAGCUCCCAGACAAAAUUUGUUUUUGUCUAUGUCGCUGGGAGAACCAUUGAAAUUGAUUUCUGAGGAAAGGCGGGCUUAAAUUCAUAUUUACCAUGAUGUUGUUCUUAUAGGGUUAUUAUUUGAUGAACAAUACUGGGGUUAUUAUUUGAUGAACAAUACUGGGGUUAUUAUUUGAUGAACAAUACUAGGGUUAUUAUUUGAUGAACAAUACUGGGGUUAUUAUUUGAUGAACAAUACUGGGGUUAUUUAUUGAUGAACAAUACUGGGGUUAUUAUUUGGUGAACAAUACUGGGGUUAUUAUUUGAUGAACAAUACUGUCUAAGGAAGGAAUUUUUUAUCAGUAUCUCUUUCUUGUGUGUCGAUAGAAAAUCUAUCUUCAUCUUUUUUUCGCCGGCAAUUUUUUCUUGUGGCCAAUAGGUCUUUGAGAUUCUGCAGGACAAUGUACAAUAAAAUUAUGAUCCAGAUUUUAGAUGUUAGUUGUACUGUGGAUAGUAAUGGAGAAAUUUAUUUUUCUUUAUUAUCCCCGUAAAAGUUAUGUUUCGUUUUAGUGAGCACUUAUAUUACAAUAAGUUGGUUUUUAUUUUGGUGGGACAUUUACGCAUUCUGUCUCAUAGGAAUGGAUCGUACUUGGAUUGUAAAUUGUAAAAGUGCUUUGCCUUCAGAGAUUUUAAACAAAUCUGGUGGUAAAAUUUGAUUUAAGCUGGUCUACAGCUCAUAGUUAAUUUAAUGUAAAAACGAAUAUAGGACAUAACUAAUUAUCAAAACAAA